CACACGCGAGCCUCUUGUAUUGUUAGCCCAUAAUGGUGGGGCUCCCAAAUUCCCAAUUCCCGCGAAAACCCUCAAAAUGCCAAACAAGAACAGCUCCUUCUGAAUCUCCUCUUUGAUUCUUCAAUCAAUUUCAAUUUCAAUUUCAAUUUCCUUGUCUCGAAAUUGAAACAAGCUACGAUUACCAAUUCAAAUGGCGGCCAUGGCGAUGGCGAUGGCCGGGUUGAUGAACGGAGAGAGAGCAGUGGUGCUUCUGUUCAUCGGUCGUGUCCUCUUCUCGCUCCCUCUCUCUCUCCUCUUCCACGGCGUCGCCCUCUCUCUCCUCGCUCUCUCCGCUUUCUCCCUCGACAUCCUCGCCGACUCUUCCACUUCCCUCGCCCAAUUCAACACCAGGCCUGGUGCUUCGUCGGGUAUACUGUUAGGGGCCGUCACGUUGCCCGCUGUUGUGAUCUCCAAAAUGAUACAGCUCUCACGGGCGUUCCCCUUGGACCAAGUUGGCAUUGAAGAACUUGAAUCUUUGACGUUGCAAUACUGGGCUGCUUCUGCCAGCUGCCUGAGUGUGCUUAUCUUCCUCUGCAUAACUCUGUGGCGGGCACCUGAGAAUAUGCUUCCUCCACCUGCACAUAAUGUUUGGCAUGCAAAAUUUAGCUUAAGUUGCAUAAUAUUACACACAGCAGUGAGCUUUGUGACUUUUGGUACAGUAUCUCUUACUAGCUUUGAGACUGCAUUGAAGUUAUUGUGGAUGCUUUGUCACGGAUUGGCAGCUGUAAAAUUAAUUCAGCAUGUUAUUAAAACUUUCCCAUCUUGUGCUUCCAUUGGGGAAUCAUGUCUGGUGACUUCAGGUCUUGUUCUCUAUUUUGGUGACAUGUUGGCAUAUACCAUUGAAAAGGUGUCUGGGUUUACUAUGAAAUCAGAGGUGGUACAAUAUGGAAGUAAAAGAAGUGAGAUAAGUAUUAUUAUACAGGGAUUGCUGCUUGGCCUUCUUCUUUUUCCAAUGGUCUUUAAAUUUGUUCUUCGAAUAUGGGAAUCCACAUUCAGUACAGCCCGUUCUGAAGUUAGGACAAACAACGAGAUUUGGAGAUCUCUUAUCUUCUUUUCUGCCCUUGGAUUUAUCAUGAUUGUGAUCAUUCCGUCAUGGAUGCAGUUGGUUCAGGAUUUUCAUAUGCAUCCGUUGCUAUGGGUACUUUCAUUUAUUUUUUCGGAACCACUUAAGAGACUAUCUUUGUGUGUCUAUUGGAUGUGCGUGAUAUAUGUGUCUGUUCUAAGGUUCUACAACAUUUCAAAGAAUAGCAAGAUUGAAAGGAUUCUACUACGAAAAUACUACCAUCUGAUGGCUGUGUCAAUGUUUCUGCCUGCUCUUAUCUUCCAGCGAGAGUUUCUUGAUCUAUCAUUCGGUGCAGCUUUGGCAGUUUUCUUGGCAUUGGAAAUUAUUCGAGUAUGGAGAAUUUGGCCAUUGGGACAAUCCAUACAUAAAUUUAUGAAUGCUUUCACUGAUCAUCGUGACUCAGAUCUUCUUAUUGUCAGCCACUUUUCACUCUUAUUGGGAUGUGCUCUUCCUAUUUGGAUGUCUUCUGGGUACAAUGAUCGACCCCUUGCCCCCUUUUCUGGAAUUUUAAGCCUCGGAAUUGGAGAUACCAUGGCAUCAGUUGUUGGGCACAAGUAUGGUGUUCUCAGGUGGAGCAAAACUGGCAAGAAAACAAUUGAAGGGACUGCAGCUGGUAUAACAUCUGUCUUAGCUGCUUGCUCAGUUCUGCUUCCCCUUCUAGCAUCAACCGGAUAUAUUCUUACAGAGCAUUGGGGCUCUCUUCUCGUAGCCGUGACUGUGAGUGGUUUGUUGGAGGCUUACACGGCACAACUUGAUAAUGCUUUCAUACCACUUAUAUUCUACAGCCUUCUGUGUCUCUGAAUGCUGCUCCAACCUCCUGGACGGAAUAUAGGUAUGGCAGUGGGCAGCGAUGAGACCUGCCUAAAAUCAUAUUCUUUUACAUUCAUGCAUAUACUUUGAGCACCUUUUUGUACAUAUACAACUAAUCUGCUGACAGAGGAUACAAACAGCCUGUUGUACUUUAAUUUCUUUGUAGGUCGAAAUGAUUUUUGUUUUAGGCUUUAGGAAUACAUAUAAAGGGCAGUUCGCUCAACUGUGUCAACAUAACAUACAAGAAUUCACUUUUGUAAUUAAAAUUCUUUAUUUUUCCCUGAGAGAAAGGAAGGGGGUUCCGAGGUUGGUUAGGAAGAUGAACACAUGAGGGAUGUAGAUUUUGUUCCGAUACAGAUGCAAGUUGUAUUAAUAAUGCAAAUAGAUUUUCUUUUCUUUUUGGCACA